AUGCUAAGACGAAUGGGUAAUACACCUAGAAAAAAGGGAAUUUUUGAAGCAAUGAAAUUAUUUCGUAAAGGUGUUAAACUUGGAAUGUUGAUGACUAGCCAAAAUGUGACCGAUUUCGAUCGAAAGACUAUUAGAUUCGCUUCUCCACGAAUAAUGCCCGUCGUGUCGAAUGCUCAGGACGAUGAUGAGAUAAAAAUAUUAUCACCUUCGCUGUUAAGCUUGCAUGAUGAAGGAAAAGGAUUAGAGAAAAUGCUCAGUUUAUCAGGUGCAAUGAAAGCAGCAAAAUUAUUAGAAAAUCACGAUCAUGAUGCGCUUAUGAAUUUCAUUAUGGAAGCAACAGGAAUCACAGACGCUGCUGAUAAAAUUAGGAAAAAAAAAUUGGCGCAAUUGGAUGAAAGAGAAAAAAAAUUUAUUGGAAUUGAUGGACAGCCAAUGUAUUUCACGCGAAAAAACGUUACUGAUUUAUAUGGAGACGGUGAAGCUCAAAAAAUUGACGUAUUUGAACAACUUCAAGAAUCAUUAUCAGAUAAUCAGAUAGAUAAAUUGAAUACAACUGGAUAUGCUAUGAUGCAGGCCGAUCAACUUUACACACUUUAUGGACCAAAUUCGCCAUAUUCUAGUCCAGAAGUUCUUGUUAAAUUCGCAAAUCUAAGCGAUGAUGAAAUUCUUGAGAAACUUAUUAUUAGCGAUAUUGUUCGUUUAUCAAAAAGUGAAAAAGUUUUUGUUGAGAGGCAUAAAAAACGAUCAAAACGUACAGUUGCUUUAUCACCAUUACUUAAGGCAAAUCUUAUUUUGAAACCAGCUACUGUUUCACAAACUAUUGUUCUUUCACCAUUGGUUCUAAGCCCUAUAAUACUCUCACCUGCCGCAUUAGGGCCAAUUAUUCUUAGCCCUUGGGUUUUUAUACCUCUUAUUUUAUCGCCUCGUGUUCUUUCUCCACUUAUUCUUACUCCAUUAGUAGGAAGUCCUGUAAUAUUAUCACCUCUUGUUCUCCAUCCGUUCAUUCUUUCUCCAGGCGUUAUGAAUCCUUUUAUCCUUAGUCCUUUAUUACUAUCACCACUCAUUUUAUCGCCUCAAGUAUUAACACCGCUUAUUCUUACACCUCUUUGUCUCAAUCCACUAAUUUUGAGCCCUGCAGUAUUAUCACCUUUGGUAUUAAGCCCUUUUGUACUUUCACCACUAAUUUUAUCUAGCCAGCUAUUAUUUGGACUUUUUUUCAGUCCUUACGCUUUUUCACCCUUGAUUUUGACGAACCUAACCUUAAGUGCAAUCGUUGCCUCACCUAGUUUCAUGAGCUGA